GAGGAGGAGGAGGAGGAUCACCUCUCCCUAAGUUGACUUUGCCGUUUUAGGGAGAUUAGAUUCAGCUUUCCGCAAACCCACCAAGAGCUGAGCAAAGACGGGAGAGGAGAGGGGACGCCUCGACGUCUGCUGAAUUCAGUAACCAAUCUGUCCACGGGUCAUGGCCGGUUCCGUGUAGCGGAGCGGGUUUUUAUUUCGGGCGGAUUCCCCCCGGUUAGUGCGCCUGCAGCCGAGCGCAGCUCUCACUGCGGCUCCAAAGGGAAACCAUAUCUGGUCAAAGUAUUCGUUGCUGUCACCCAGUAGAGCCGGACCGGCUAUUAAUAGCGCCGGAGGAGCUGCUGCUCCAUCCCUCUGACAGUUUGGACACCUGGCUGCCUUUUGGUCUCAGCCUACCGUUGACGUGAGUGAGCAUCGCUGAGCCCACUGCCUCCAUCAUCCUAGACAUUUUCAAACUAAGUCCACAUUCUCCUGCUCGAUUGUCUUUUUCGUCUCGUCUUUCCGGUUCGGGGAGGUCGUGGAGGUGUGCGGCUCAUCAUGUCGCUGUUGAAGAAGGAGAUGGACAAGUACAGGGACGUGGACGAGGACGAGCUGCUGAAGAAGCUGUCAGAGGAGGAGCUGCAGCGGUUAGAGGACGAGCUGGAGGAGCUCGAUCCUGACAAUGCGUUGCUGCCUGCUGGUCUUCGACAGAAGGACCAGACCAAGAAAGCACCAACAGGAACGUUUCAGAGAGACAACCUGCUGGCCCACCUGGAGAAGCAGGCCAAGGAGCAUCCUGACAAAGAAGACCUGGUGCCGUUUACCGGCGAGAAGAGAGGAAAGGCGUAUGUGCCAAAACAGAGGGUGGACCCCAUCAUAGAGAACGUGACCCUGGAGCCGGAGCUGGAGGAAGCCCUGGCCAGUGCCUCUGAUGCAGAACUCUGCGACAUUGCAGCUAUCCUGGGCAUGCACACCCUGAUGAGCAACCAGCAGUACUACGAAGCGCUGGCCAGCAGCACCAUAGUCAACAAGCAAGGCCUCAACAGUGUGAUCCAGUGUACCCAGUACAAACCAGUCCCAGACGAGGAGCCCAACUCCACUGACGUCGAGGAAACGUUGACGAGGAUAAAGAGGAACGAUCCUGACCUGGUGGAGGUCAACCUCAACAACAUAAAGAAUAUCCCCAUCCCAAUACUGAAGGCUUACGCCGAAGCCCUAAUGAAGAACACUGUGGUGGAAAGGUUCAGCAUUGUUGGAACAAGGAGCAACGACCCUGUAGCAUUUGCACUGGCAGAGAUGCUGAAGGUGAACUCAACUCUGAAGAGUCUGAAUGUCGAGUCAAACUUCAUCACCGGGGCUGGAAUCCUGUCCCUGAUUGAAUCACUGCAGAAUAACACGACACUACUGGAGAUUAAAAUCGACAAUCAGAGCCAGCCGCUGGGAAACAAAGUGGAGAUGGAGAUAGCCAGCAUUCUGGAGAAAAACACCACCUUGUUAAAGUUUGGCUAUCAUUUCACUCAACAGGGCCCGCGCCUGCGAGGCUCCAACGCCAUGAUGAACAACAACGACUUGGCCCGGGUCGUCAGGUCAGAAUCGGACGGCUCCUUCACCUUCACUCUGUCCGUUCCUGAGCUGGAGAGAGCCUUUGGAAAAAAGUUCAAGUGCAAGACUAAGUAAAACCAGAAACACCCAUGUGAGACGCAGUCGCCACGUAAGAAAGAGAAGGCUUGAGGGAGGACCCAUCUUCCCAAAGUGUCGGACAAACGUGUAAAAAAACAAACAAUGGCUACCUUCAUCCUCCUCCAAUCGUCCAUGACCUCCAUCAUCAGCCACUUUAUCGUUUGGUAAAUCUUGUGAAAAUAAUUAUUUUGUGCAUCUGGAUUGGCUAAGACCUUAAAAGCAGCAGCUCUUUGUGCUCACCAACCAGGAGAUGCAUGCUUUGUGUCAGUAAUAAGAGUCUAGUUUUGAAAAUAAAUGGUCAUUUUUUUUCCUGUCCGUGACAUCGAUUCAGUGUUAUGAGUACUGUUUCGUAAAGGGGAUGUGUUGCCAUUAUCAUUACUUCCCUCCAGUUUUCUUGUCAACUUAAUAGUAUAUUCUAUAAAGACGACAAUGAAGCUCAGGCUCAAAAGAUAAUAAAUAUACAGAAGAAUUGUUCUAAACGUCAGAGGUGACGCAUCAUUUUUGUGUCAGAUGCUCCGUUAUGCACAUAUUCCCGCGGUUUUAAAGCUUUCUAUUGUGAGACGUGUCACUUUAUAUGUACCAUAUUUAUUUGAGAAAAACCUGGUAAAAGAUUUAACGCUUUAAAAACAACUUGUCGGUUUUUUUAACGAAAAGAAUCGCUUUCUUAAACUUGUCUGUAAGGCGAAGCAACUCGCUGUCCUUAAUGAUAAAAAACUUCAGGAGGAAAAAAUGCACAUCUGAAUGGAUUCAGGUUACUCUUUUGGUUUGGUGAAUAACUUUUUUAGUACUUCCUGUUGCAAAAGAUAUUUACUGUAUUUAUAUGCAUCUAUAACUGGUUAGUUAUAAUUUUCAGGAUCCCCCAAAGAAAAUAAAAAUUUUUUUACUGUUCCCUCUGUUUCAAUUUUAAAAAGUACAGAUCAACUCUAAAUCGGUGGGAAUGUCUCGUUGUGACAUAAAUUGAAAACUAGGGGGUUAUCAACCCAACUAAUAAUUUGUAAAGCUCUAGUAAAACCCACAGAUGUAUGUAAUCAUAAAUGACAAGCUGUGUUCAUAAGGCAUGUUUUGUAUUCAAGCAGUUUUACCCAACACAGAUCCUAAAGACUGAUCAUCCAUGUAUUCUCAAAUUCACAUUAGUGCUGGAUGUAAACAUUUGUAACCGAGUGCUAAACGUCUAAAAGCACUCGACUUUGAACACUUUACUACUCUGUCCCUCUGUCUUUUGUUUUCUGGUUUAGUGCUUGACUGUUUUUUUUUCUUUUUUUUAAUGUAGAACGCACAGUUGUUAGUUGAAAGUGUUUGUUUAUGAGUUUAAUAAAGUUUGAGAUUUA